ACCAACUCCACCCAGUGACCCACUCCAGUCUCCAGCCAGCCGCAACUGGUAGCUACAGCAAGAAGAUGGUUGCGCUCCUUCGUCCACUCUCCGCCGCCGCCUUCCUCCGCGUCCCCGCCGCGCCGCUCACUGGUUCCGCAGUCGCCGCUAGUGCCGUAGGAGGCAGGCGGUGGAGAAGCGUGAGGGCGAACGCCGGCGGGGGCUGGCUAUCCGGGCUGCUGGGCGGCAAGGGCGGCGGCGCGUCCACAGCGAUGGCGGUGACGCCGGGGACCGUGAAGGCCGGCGACCCCGUCCUGCACGAGCCCGCGCAGGAGGUGGCGCCGGGGGACGUGCGGUCCGAGAAGGUCCAGGGCAUCAUCGACCGGAUGGUCGACGUCAUGCGCAAGGCUCCAGGCGUCGGCCUCGCCGCCCCGCAGAUCGGCGUCCCGCUCAGGAUUAUUGUUCUCGAGGAUACGCAAGAGUACAUCAGCUAUGCACCCAAGAAGGAAAUCGAAGCACAAGAUCGCCGUCCUUUUGAUCUUCUUAUUAUUAUCAACCCCAAGAUUAAGAACACAAGUAAAAGAACUGCGCUGUUUUUUGAGGGAUGUCUCAGUGUUGAUGGAUAUAGGGCGGUCGUGGAGCGGCAUCUAGACGUUGAGGUUUCAGGUCUGGACCGAAAUGGGAGCGCCAUUAAGGUACAGGCCUCAGGAUGGCAAGCACGCAUCCUCCAGCAUGAAUGUGAUCAUCUUGAAGGCACACUGUAUGUUGACAGGAUGGUCCCAAGAACAUUCAGGAUUGUUGAUAACUUGGAUUUGCCGCUUCCUAUUGGAUGUCCUCAACUAGGUGCAAGAUAAUGUGGAUACCCUGCAAUUUUUCCUCAUCGAAUAGAUGUGAUUGCUUUGUAUUUUUUCUCUCUUUUUUAAAAAAGAAACAUAACUUUUCCUGUACAGUAUUGCAUUUUGCUUUUGUGUCUGUUCAGCUAUCCAACCAACAGUAAUAUUUAAAUAUGAAUUGUUGCUGCCAGCCAUUCAACAGUA